CGGGGGCGCCCGCAGCGCAAGUCUCCCCUCAGUACCGCAACUGGAGCCGCGCAAGCAGCAGCGGAGAGCCAGUCCAAGACCGCACCUAGGAGUCGCGCCCGGAGGCAACGCGCCCGCAGUGCCCGUUGCGCCCCGGCUGGCAUGGGGAGGCCCGGCUGAGCGCCGCACCCCACUGCUGAGACCCGCCCGCUCUUCAACCGCGGCCCUUGCGCGCACGGGCGAUGGCGAAAGCGACGUCCGGCGCGGCAGGGAUGGGGCUGAAGCUGGUUUUGCUGCUGCCGCUGCUGGGCGAAGCCCCACUGGGCCUCUACUUCUCAAGGGAUGCUUACUGGGAGAAGCUGUAUGUGGACCAGCCAGCUGGCACCCCGCUGCUCUAUGUCCACGCUUUACGGGAUGCCCCUGGAGAAGUGCCUAGCUUCCGCCUGGGCCAGUACCUCUACGGCGUCUACCGCACACGGCUGCACGAGAAUAACUGGAUCCGUAUCCAAGAGGACACUGGCCUUCUCUACCUCAACCAGAGCCUGGACCACAGUUCCUGGGAACAGCUCAGCAUCCGCAAUGGCGGCUUCCCCUUGCUCACCAUCUUCCUCCAGGUCUUCCUGGGGUCCACAGCCCAGCGAGAGGGUGAAUGCCAUUGGCCAGGCUGUGCCCGAGUGUACUUCUCUUUCAUCAAUGACUCCUUCCCAGAUUGUGGCGCCCUCAGAUCCCGGGAUCUCUGCAUCCCGGAGUCAGGCCUGUCCUUCCGCAUCAGGGAGAACAGGCCCCCUGGCAUCUUCUAUCAGUUUCACCUGUUGCCUGUGAAGUUCCUUUGCCCCAACAUCAGUGUGGUCUACAGGCUCUUGGAAGGGGAGAACCUGCCCUUCCAUUGCAACCGAGACCUAGAGGUGAGCACUCUCUGGGCCCUCGACCGGGAGCUUCAGGAGAAGUAUGUGUUGGAGGCAGAGUGCAUUGUGGACACUAGUGCCAAGGAGGAGAAGGUGACCGUGUCCUUCCCAGUGACGGUGUAUGAUGAGGACGACUCGGCACCCACCUUCCCCGGAGGCGUGGACACCGCCAGUGCUCUGGUGGAGUUCAAGCGGAAAGAGGGCACUGUGGUGGCCACUCUGCAAGUGUUCGAUGCAGAUGUGGUGCCAGCAUCUGGGGAGCUGGUGAGACGCUACACAAGCGCACUUCUCUCAGGGGACCCCUGGGCCCAGCAGACCUUCCGGAUAGAACACUCACCCAAUGAGACGAUGGCCCAGGCCAACAACAACUCCGUGCGGGCAACCGUGCACAAUUACAAGCUGGUUCUCAACCGGACCGUUCCCAUCUCAGAGAGCCGGACCCUGCAGCUGGCGGUCCUGGUCAAUGACUCGGACUUCCAGGGGCCUGGGACAGGUGUCGUCAUCCUCCAUUUUAACGUGUCUGUGCUGCCUGUCACCCUGAACCUCCGCAGUUCCUACUCCUUCCCAGUGAACAGAAGGGCCCGCCGUUACGCCCAGAUCGGGAAGGUCUGUGUGGACAACUGUCAGGACUUCAGCGGCAUCAACAUCCAGUACAAGCUGCAGCCCUCCGCCACCAACUGCAGUGCCCUGGGUGUGGUCACCUCAGCCGAGGACACCUCGGGGACCCUAUUCGUAAACGACACAGAGGCCCUGCGGCGCCCUGAAUGUACCGAGCUUCAGUACACCGUGGUGGCCACUGACCGGCCAACCCGCAGGCAGGCCCAGGCUUCAUUGUUCGUUACAGUGGAGGGGACAUCUAUUGCUGAAGAAGUGGGCUGCCCCAAGUCCUGUGCAGUCAACAAGAGACGACCCGAGUGUGAGGAGUGUGGUGGCCUAGGCUCUCCAACCGGCAGGUGCGAGUGGCGUCAAGGAGAUGGCAAAGGCAUCACCAGGAACUUCUCCACCUGCUCACCCAGUACCAGGACCUGCCCGGAUGGCCACUGUGAUGCUGUGGAGAGCCGGGAUGUCAACAUCUGCCCCCAGGACUGUCUCCCCCGUGGCAGCAUUGUUGGGGGCCACGAACCGGGGGAUCGUCGGGGGAUCAAAGCUGGCUAUGGCGUCUGCAACUGUUUCCCUGACGAAAAGAAGUGCUUCUGCGAGCCAGAGGAUAGUCAGGGCCCACUGUGCGAUGAGCUGUGCCGCACAGUGGUGAUGAUCGUGAUCAUCUGCUGCUUAGUCAUCUCUGUCAUGCUGACCAUGUUCUUCUGCUACCACAAGCAUGCGCACAAGCCACCCAUCGCCUCGGCGGAAAUGACCUUCUGCAGGCCGGCCCAGGGCUUCCCAAUCAGCUAUUCCUCUUCGGGCACCCGCCGGCCCUCACUCGAUUCCAUGGAGAACCAGGUCUCUGUGGAGUCUCUCAAGAUCCCGGAAGAUCCGAAGUGGGAGUUUCCGCGGAAGAACUUGGUCCUAGGGAAAACCCUGGGAGAAGGCGAGUUUGGAAAGGUUGUCAAGGCCACAGCUUUCCGUCUCAAAGGCCGGGCAGGGUACACCACGGUGGCCGUGAAAAUGCUGAAAGAAAACGCCUCCCAGAGUGAAUUACGAGACCUGCUGUCUGAGUUCAACCUCCUGAAACAAGUCAACCAUCCACACGUCAUCAAGCUGUACGGGGCCUGCAGCCAGGACGGGCCACUUCUUCUCAUUGUGGAGUAUGCCAAGUAUGGCUCCCUGCGUGGGUUCCUUCGUGACAGCCGCAAGAUUGGGCCUGGCUACGUGGGCAGCGGAGGCAGCCGCAACUCCAGCUCUUUAGACCACCCCGAUGAGCGGGUACUGACCAUGGGUGACCUCAUCUCCUUCGCCUGGCAGAUCUCAAGGGGUAUGCAGUACUUGGCUGAGAUGAAGCUUGUACAUCGGGACUUGGCUGCCAGGAACAUCUUGGUGGCUGAAGGACGGAAGAUGAAGAUUUCUGACUUUGGCCUGUCCCGAGAUGUUUAUGAAGAAGAUUCGUAUGUGAAGAAAAGCAAGGGCCGGAUUCCUGUCAAAUGGAUGGCGAUCGAGUCCCUUUUUGAUCACAUCUAUACCACUCAAAGUGAUGUGUGGUCCUUUGGGGUACUGCUAUGGGAGAUCGUGACCCUUGGAGGCAACCCCUACCCUGGAAUUCCUCCUGAACGACUCUUCAACCUUCUGAAGACGGGCCACAGGAUGGAGAGGCCUGACAACUGCAGUGAGGAAAUGUACCGCCUGAUGCUGCAGUGCUGGAAGCAGGAGCCAGACAAGAGGCCAGUAUUUGCUGACAUCAGCAAGGAUCUGGAGAAGAUGAUGGUCCAGAGCAGAGACUACCUGGACCUGGCUGCAUCUACCCCUUCGGACUCACUGCUUUAUGACGAUGGCCUCUCAGAGGAGGAGACGCCCCUGGUGGACUGUAACAGUGCUCCCCUCCCGCGCUCCCUCCCUUCCACAUGGAUUGAAAACAAACUCUAUGGCAUGUCAGACCCGAACUGGCCUGGAGAGAGUCCUGUACCACUCACGAGAGCCGAUGGCACUAGCACUGGGUUCCCAAGAUAUGCAAAUGAUAGUGUAUAUGCUAACUGGAUGGUUUCACCCUCAGCGGCAAAAUUAAUGGACACAUUUGAUAGCUAACAUUUCUUUGUGAACGGUAAUGGACUCCCAAGGGGAAGAAACAUGCCAAGAGCACCAAGCCCACCGGCCCCUCUGUGCACAUCACACUGGCCAAGACCAGCCCCAGGGGCAGACUUGUUUACUGUAGUUUGUUUUAGCUGGUUUCCAAAGUGGUUUUACUUCCAGUAGCUGGUGGUCCUCCCUC